GGUGUAAUGCACAUGAAAUAUUAACGAAUUACAUUUUUUUUACAGAUCAAUUGCAAUAAUGGUUCGCACAUAUAUUAGAAAGACUGAUAGAGGAACUGUGUCAACAAAGGUGUUUGAGCAGGCGGCUGAUAGAGUUAUUAAUCAUAAUGAGUCAUUAAGAAAAACUGCUUCUGAUUUUAAUGUAAAUUUCAUAACGCUACAAAAAUUUGUCAAGAAAAAGCAAAAACGGAAUGCAGAACCAAAUGGGAAAAAAACUGAUCUAAAAGCUGGAUACUUAACACCCCGGCAAGUGUUCACAGAAACUCAAGAAAAGUUAUUGGCAGAUUACAUAAUCAAGGCAUCCAAAAAUUUUUAUGGACUUUCUCCAAAAGAUAUCGGACAAUUAGCCUACCAAUUUGCAAACGAAAAUAAAAUAACAGCUCCCUUGACUUGGGCAGCAACAGGAAUGGCUGGCCAGACUGGUUUACCAAAUUUAUGAAACGUAAUGGAUCAUUAUCAAUAAGAACGCCAGAAGCAACGAGUUUCAGCAGGGCGACAAGUUUUAACAAAAGAAAUGUAGAUAUGUUUUUUGACAAUUUGUCACGUUUGCAGGAGAAGUUUAAUUUCAGUCCAUCAGAUAUCUAUAAUUUAGAUGAGACGGGGGAAACCACCGUUCAGAAACCGGUCCAUAUAGUAGCCAAAAAAGGU